AUGCCGCCGUUACAAACAUACGAGGCUAAGGAAGACACACUGCAAAUGAUGGCUGCUAUAAGAGAUACUAUCAGGACAGACUCAGAUGCUGGGAUCACUGUCAAUGGUCUGAUUGGGCGUAAUGACGCCUUAAGAGUCAUGAUCGUUGGAGAUUCAAUGACACAAGGUCAAGAAGGUGACUACACCUGGCGUUAUCGUAUCUGGCAAUGGUUCAAGGAACAAGCCGUUGCUGUAGACCUUGUCAGGCCGUACACCGGUACAGUUCAACCUGAACCCCCUGCGGCGCCGGCACUACCUGCCUUGUAUGGGCAGAAGCCAUUACCUGGGAAGCCAAAGAUGAGCGGCGGCGAUGCUGCCGACGUCUCCUUGGACUUUGAUAAGGAUCAUUUCGCGGUUUGGGGUCGUGCAGCUGCUGUUGACAAAGAGUUGAUCUAUGAUGUGCUCAGCACGCACCCUGCAGAUUUGACGCUCCUCAUGCUGGGCUUUAAUGAUAUGGGAUGGUUCUAUAGCGAUGCUGAAGGCACCCUGGAUAGUAUCCACACUCUUGUUAGCAACGCUUGCUCUGCCAACCCAAAGCUUAAAUUUGCUAUUGCCAAUGUACCGCAACGAAGCUUCAUUGGUGGCCGAGAAGAUCUUCCAGUCAGUACCAAUAUCUAUAACGCCCUGUUACGCGACUCAAUUCCAGAAUGGAGUACUGCCGAUUCUCCAAUCUCUCUUGUCGAACUACAGGAAAAUUACGACUGUGAGCCUAGUGGAUGUACAGCUGGCUAUGAUGGACUUCAUCCAACUGUGAUGGAUGAGUAUCAAAUUGCUCGUGCAUUUACUCUUACUCUGGUGAAAGAAUUCAAGAUUGGAAGCUCCUCAUUAUCUAUCCAUGAUAAUAUACCUGGCAGAUCACUCUCUGUACCGUCCAAUUUUAAAGUCUUUACGAGCGCCACGGGAGUAACAGCUACAUGGGAUCCUGUUUAUGGGGCUUACAGCUACGACGUUCAGUCUCGGAUUCAAGGUGGCAUUCCUAACUUUUCGGCAGGAAGUGUCUCUUACACCUCGGUUCGCGCUAGUGCUGGGGAUAAUAUUAAAGGAGGCUGGACGUCAGUACUGUCUGCAACGACACAUCCUCAGACUGCGGCGGCUCCCUGUAAUGUGCUUGUUAAAGCUACUACAACCGGUUUUGACAUAUCGUGGGAUCCUCCUACUGGUGCCUAUACUGAUUCUAUUAUCGAGUAUAAUAUACUUUACUGGGAUAAAUCCGUGGAUUAUACCUUCAUAACAGGGGGGGCCUUCACCGGAACCUCAGGGCACAUUGAUAAACUCAACUCAGGACAUUAUUAUUCUAUAGCCAUUAAAAUGUGGAAUUCUGCUAGUGAAGGGUUCCCAGCAAUUGUUACCGGCGUUAUGCCCGGCGCUGGGACUCCAUCCCCGCCAACAGAUUUAAAAAUUUUUGCCAAUGACCCAACAACGGUCCAUAUGACCGAUCAAUACUUUCUCUUCCCGGGAACCUGGAAUUAUCAAUGGUGCGUUAGCGCUUUUAAUGGUGAUCUGGAAUCCGAAAGGGGAGCCUGUGUUUUGGCCCCUUCUCCGACCACUGGAGAGAGCGCAGCUCAGACCUGCCCUCCGCCACCCGCUUGGUGCCCGAAUGGAGGUGGAGCUGGGGACGGGGGAAGUGGAGGCAAUACAGGUGGCGGCUCCACAAGCCUACCGACCCCUGUACCUACUGGUGACCAGUCAUGGCCAGUUGUAACUAAUGGGCAUUGCAAGGGCCCUGACUGCAGAGACAGGCAAUGCACGGGUCUUCUGUGCGCAUCCUUUGGCUGCACCGGAACUGGUGAUUGCAUGGUCCGCGGGUGCAUUGGGCCGGGUUGUAAGGAUGGGGUAUGUAUCUCCCCUGGUUGCAUCACGGUGGGCUGUUGUAGUGGUGACCAUUGCAUUGCCUUGGGAUGCUCUGGACCGGACUGUGGAAAGGAUGGAGUUUGUACUGGUGCCAACUGUUGGGAGGGAACUUGCAGCGGUACAGAAUGCGUAUCAGGCACUUGUACAGGCAGUUCCUGCACCAGCUAUGACGGGUGUACAGGUACCGACUGUUCUACUGGAGGUGGAGGCAAUUGCACAGGCGACAAUUGCAGUAGUUGUACUGGCCAAGGCUGCAAGGACGGUAAAUGUACUGGAGAUGACUGCAACGCAUGCAAAGGAAAGGACUGUCAUGAUGGGCGCUGCACCGGAGACAACUGUAUAAGUUGCUCAGGAAAGGACUGUAGCCCGAGCUCCGGUCAUUGUACCGGACCUCAUUGCAGUGCUUGUGUAGGAAAAUACUGUGCCUGCUCUCACGGACACUGUGGUUGCAAAGGAUCACACUGCACUGCGUGUUUCGGUCUGGGAUGUACAUGCUCAGGCCUUCUGGGACUGUUCUGCUCAUGCACUUCCUCUGGCUGUAGUAGUUGCUUUGGGGCUGGGUGUGGCUGUCUGGAAUCCAGUUGCCUUUGUAUGAAACCGAGCUGCAGCUGCUGCAGUGGAAAUGGGUGUGCUUGCUUCGACCCUGAAGGUUGUAGUGGGGGGAAAGACACAGGUUCUACAACCACAAGAGAGCCAACGACGUGUGCAACUAGCAUGACAGCAACUAAUUGCAAUGUGGGCUGCUCAGUCACGAAUUAUGGAGAUACUUCACGCACAACAGCAUGUUUCACAACCAAAUGUUCCACCACCCUCGGCUGCGAGACGACGGGUAUAACAACGACCACAGCAACAGUAACAAAUAUCUGCCCACUGACCACAGAUACCGCUCCAACAGGGACUUGGGACCCAGAUGGCCCUAUACCUACUCUGGGACCCGACAAUCAAUAUACUGCGGGCGGCAAAGGAGCUACAACAACAGAGUCCACCACCACCACUGCCUCUUCCAAGCCGUCCGGGACAACUUCUAUCCCUAUACCAACAGUUAGCGACCCAGGUUCAUUCCCUGUUUACUGCUUUAAUGACCAUAAUGACGGCUCGUUCGCGUCUUUCAACACCGCCUCACUCAAUUCAGCAGUAUCUUCGCUGUGCGGAUCUGGCAACACCCUCAGCCCUGAAGGCCCCCCUUACACCUAUGUCUACACUGACCAAACCGGAACAAAUGUUAUCGCCUCUUUGCAAUGGACAGACAACCAAUCUAAAUGUAAACCUGAGAAGGGAGUCAAGCUGAUAAAAGAUAAAUGUUCAAGAGCAUAUGACAAGAUCGUCUCCAAAUGUGAUGGAGGAAACACCGACAAAUACGGUGGUGGCUUCAUUGUGUCGUCCGAUGUUGGCUGCAUCCAGUGGAUGGUUUAUGCGCAGAAAGCGGACAGUAAAUGCAGUUGUAAUGAGAAUGGAUGCACGCCCGAGAGUCCGGCUUGUUGUGCAAGCGGCACAUGUGGGACAGGUAAGCAGGUGACUCUUGCAAGGGUUCGAUUCAUUGCUCCGAGUGAGGUGGAUAUACUAUUUAGUUUACGGUUGAGUUCGUUUUUGGACAUGGGGAACCGGUCAACUACCAUGCCUUAG